GCAGUGUUAUUUUGAUGUGAGAUCUAACCAAGUCUAAAACUGCAUCUUUGUUCAGGUUUAUAUUUCUGAUAUGACAUCAUUAUUUACAUGGACAUGUACACGAUGCCGUGGCCUCACCGAGGGGUUUGAAGUUGUGCAGCUGAUUGUAGAUGUUGAAAGUUGCCUGCAGUCAUUUGUUGGAGUAGCGAAGGAUCCACAUGCUAUUAUAAUUGCAUUCAGGGGAACACGAGGAACUAGCAUACAGAAUUGGAUAGAAGACUUGUUCUGGAAGCAGCUGGAUUUAGAUUAUCCUGGAAUGGAAGGUGCAAAGGUACAUAGCGGAUUUUAUCGUGCAUAUCACUGUACAACAAUACGCCCUGCAAUUCUAAAUGCAGUAAAAACAGCAAAGGAAGUUUAUGGGGACCUUGACAUCAUUGUCACAGGGCAUUCAAUGGGAGGAGCAAUUGCUGCCUUUUGUGCUCUUGAUCUUAUAGUUAAUCAUAAUGUGCCAAAUGUUCAAGUUAUGACGUUUGGCCAACCUCGUAUUGGCAACGCAGUUUUUGCCUCGUACUACAGCAAACAUUUACCGGAUACCAUUCGAGUCACGCAUGAACACGAUAUCGUGCCCCAUUUGCCUCCUUACUUUUCCAUUAUCCCACGGAAAACAUAUCACCACUUCCCUAGAGAGGUAUGGCUUCAGGAUACUUCAUCUACAUCAAAUCGCCUUGCCUCCUACAUCGAGACGGUCUGUGACGAUUCGGGUGAAGAUCCAAAUUGUAGCAGAUCUGUAAUUGGAAACAGCAUUCAGGACCAUUUAUCCUAUUAUGGGGUGGAAUUCCCAACUGAUGAUCCUGCAACAUGCUGGAUCGUAAUGGACCCGGUGAUGGCCGAAUACGGGUCGAUCGAUUCAGAAGGCAACGUCGUGUUGUUCCGGGACCUUGCUACUCCCGUUCCUCGUAUGCAAAGUUUGGAGGCAAAAUAAAUUGGUUCUGAUUAAGGUGAUUCUUCUGCAAGAUAGUUGAGGUUGGCCAGCUUUCAACAUGCUCUUGAUCCGGAGUAAAAUCUUUUGAUCUUUGUUAAAAAAAAUUAAAACCUUACUAUUGCUUCAUUCUUGAUGAACCACCAUUGUAUGAUAUGUAUAUAUAUUAUAAGGUGAAUAAUGUGCUUCAUAUUUUGUUGCA